CGGCGGCCGGUGCGGUGCGGGGGGUGCGGCUCGGCUCGGCUCGGCUCUGCUCGGCGCGGCGCCGUGCGCGCGGGGGGCCGCGGCCAUGGUGGAGCGUGCAGACGAGGCGCCGUUGCUCUUCUGGGCCGAGGGCCCCGCCGUGUCGGCGCCGCCGCCCGCGGCUGAGGUGGGCAGCGGCGGCGGGCGGCGGCUCGGCGGCGGCUGGAGCGCGGCUCCGUGGGACGGCGCGGGGCCGGCGGAGGCGGCGGGGCCGGUGGAGGCGGAGGAGGACCAGAUCGUGGCCGUCUUCGUGGUCACCUUCGACCCCCGCACGGGCAACAUGGUGGAGUGGUGUUUACCGCAAGACAUUGAUUUAGAAGGCGUGGAAUUCAAAUCCAUGGCAAGCGGGUCCCACAAAAUCCAGUCAGAUUUCAUUUAUUUCCGGAAAGGGCUCUGUUUUGGCCUGGCCUGCUUUGCCAACAUGCCCGUGGAGAGUGAGUUAGAGCGUGGUGCCCGCAUGAAGUCAGUGGGGAUUCUCUCCCCUUCCUACACCCUGCUGUAUAGGUACAUGCACUUCCUGGAGAACCAGGUCAGACACCAGCUGGAGAUGCCAGGGCACUACUCCCAUCUAGAGGCGUUCUAUGAUGACAAGAAAGGAGUUCUCCCUGACAGCAAGGGCACCCCCACCUCUCAGCAGCCUGUCCACUGGCUGCCGUCCAUCCACAGAUACAUGUACCCAGAGAUGAAGAUCACACACCCUGCUGGCUGUAUGUCUCAGUUCAUCAAAUUCUUCGGUGAGCAGAUCCUUGUCCUCUGGAAGUUUGCCCUGCUACGCAAGCGCAUAUUGAUAUUUUCACCACCCCCAGUUGGAGUUGUCUGCUAUAGAGUGUAUUGCUGCUGUUGCCUUGCCAAUGUUUCUCUGCCUGGUCUUGGAGGAACUGUCCCAGAGUCCAAACCAUUCUUCUAUGUGAAUGUGGCAGACAUAGAAAUGCUGGAGACAGAAGUAUCAUAUGUGGCCUGUACAACAGAAAAGAUCUUUGAGGAGAAACGGGAUCUCUACGAUGUCUAUGUGGACAACCAGAAUGUGAAGACACAUCACGAGCAUCUGCAACCACUCCUGAAAAUUAACAAUGCUGACAAGGAGAAGUACCGACGGCUCAAUGACCAGAGGCAGAUGUUAAUGUAUUCUCAAGAAGUGGGUGAGGAUUGUAGCUCCUGUGAAGAGGACCUUUUCAUCUUGUUUUUCAUGGAGCAGAAUAACCGCAUAUUUCAGACGCUGAUGGAGGUGUCGGCCAGCCAGGACAAGACACUGACAGCUGACCACGCACGAGGCAUGGGCCUGGAUCCCCAAGGGGAUCGAAAUUUCCUUAUGGACCUGCUGGAAGUGUAUGGCAUUGAUGUUAUGCUGGUCAUUGACAACCCCUGCUGCACUUAAACCAAGGGCAAGAGAGAUGGGGAGCAAAGAUCACUUUUUAAAGACUACCAGACAUUGCUUAGGAGGAUCACUGGAACUCACCGCAGCCACUGGACGGAUCUCAUUUUAUUUAAUAACUUUAUAUGGAGAGUAUUUAUAAUUUUAAAACAAAAUGUGAUUUUAUUUUCUCCUCCUCAACUUCCCAAUGAGUACCUCCUCCAGGAUUUGUUUUUGUUUCUUUUUGUCUGUCUUUCAUUUGUGGGGGGUUUUUUUGUUUCAUUUAGAUAGGACCAGUGGCACCUUUGCACCAAUCCUCACUGUUGCCAGUGAUAGCUAGGUUUUGGCCUAGCCUGGAUACCUGAGGGCUGAAGACUUCAGGAAAGCACUUUGUCUGAUGGGGACCAAUGUGAAAUGCUGUAGCUGAGCUCUCAAGACUUGACUGGAAAACCCUCCUAUCAUCCCCUCUUCCACCUGGGGACUGAAGCGAGCUUCAGCACAGGCUGUUGGUGGCCCAGUCUCAUAAAACAUCUGUCCUACCAUGUUUAUUGGUGGGGACAGUUAAACCAAUGUUAAAAACCAAGACUCCUUUAACCACCCCUCACCCAACUUUUAGCAGCUGAGUUGGAAUAAAGCCACCCUUCCUCGUCAAUGGCAGAAGCAAGUUUGGGAGAAGAGGGUGCUACAGGAUCUUAUAUGACUUUACUUACUGAAGCAGCACGGUUUCACUUUCAACAUUUGAGACGGUAUAAACUGGCAAAGACUAUACCUACCUAUCUCAUAGCUGGAGAAGAGCACUAUCUCUACUUAAUCCCUCCUUCCACUUCCUCUGGUUUUCAGUUGCAUCACACCUGCUGCUUUGGAUUUCAAAAAAAUCUUCAAACCAGCAAGACGGUCUCCCAUUUAAGAGGGACCAACAUCACUGAGCCACCUUGCAGUCGCUAUGCUCUCCAGCCUCAGCUUGGAUGGUGCUGGACAGGAUUGGGUUGAAUAAGUAUGCUCUAAUGUCACUAGUCCUUCCUUUGUAGCAGAUGGUACUUGUCACUCCUUUGUUUUAACAUUGUCUGCUGCACUUCUUUUUUGUCCAGCAGCCUUCAGCACUGCCUGCCACUGUCCUUGGCUUUAUGUGAGACAUAGAGCAGUAUGUGGCCUUUCAGCUGGAACAGCUUCACAGUUUGCAGGAGGUUCCCUUGAAGUUUGGUGUUCUUAACUGGCACAGCUGCUAGAAGCAAAUGUUUAAGAGCAAGCUUUUUUUUUUUUCUUUUUCCUGCGCAGAGAAGCUGUAGAACCAGAUGAACAGCAUUUCUUGUGCUGUGGAAAGAAUAGGAUUCAGUUCAUGCAGAGUCAGUGGUUCCCUUCAGGAAGGCUAUCCCUGUAAGGGUAAUCCUUUCACUAUGCUAAAUCAAAGAAUGGUACUGUGGGUUCUAGGUGUGGGGUCAUACUGCUUUGCUCCAAAUCUUUCUGCCAGUAGUAGCAUCAGCUUUAAGCUAACUGUUCUUCCUAAAAUGUGGCUAUAGCUAAUUAGCUGCUGCUUCAGCACCCUUGGAGCCUUUCUGCAGUUUGUAGAAAUGCAACCUGUAGCUGAUGUAUCUAUUUUUCCUCACAUUUUAUAGGAUGAGACAGAGCCUGAACCACCAAAGGUUCACUCACCAAUUCUUUUUGAAACAGAUGAAGCAAAUAUUCACCAAGUAGACCUUCUGUGGAUUGCGUCCCUCUGGAAGGAAGGAGGAUGGCAUAUCCUGUUUUUCCUUGAAGGCUAUCUGCAGCAAAGGGGUGGUUUUGCUUGCUGUGGAUUCAGAGGUUUUAGUGAGGUGUGGGAUCAGGGCCCUCACAAGGCUUAUUGCACAGCUCAUUGGUAUGAGUUUCAGUGUAUUAUGUUCCUGUGACCUGCCUGUCUCUGAGCAGUCGCUCCCUUGCCUGCUUUUUCAGGGCUUUGGAUGUUUUUGUACAGGAGAAAACAUGCUGCUGCUGCUUAUAGUGCCAGUUGCUCACAACUGUAAUGCAAUCAUCCUUAGAAGGUUGAGGGGCAAAAAUGGAGAAGGAGGAAAAAAUGGAGCUGAAUAUCAUGUAAUGGAAAGACCAGUCUCUUUUUCCUUAAGAAAAGGCUUUGUUUUCAAAUUGACACCUCUAGUAUAAAAGUGACCUACAACUUCUUUUUUCUAACUUCCACUUUUAACAUGCUGUCUGCAAUGAAGAUCCCUGAGGAAGUAUAGUUGUCACUGUAUUGCUGUCACUUAACUUCCUUCAGGUAGAAAAAAAAAAAAGGAACUGAAACUACUCUUCAGCACUUCUUCCUCUCAAUUUCUUAAAAGGUUUGCUACAUAGUUUAGCUGUGGUCAGCUGCUAAUGACUUUCUUUUCUCUUUGAUGGCAGUAGUUCUUUUGCUGAACUAAAUAGGAACAAACCUUUUAAUUUGUUGUUGAAAUUUUAUGGCUUUUGCAGUUAGACGCUUUCUAACACCCUGCAUUAGAGUACUAUGUUCACAAGCUGUCAGAACAUCAGAUCUACUAGACAGCGCUGCUAGAGCCUACCAAGCAGAACCUUGUGAAAUUACUAUUUGACAUUUAUUAAACCUCUGCUUUCCAGAAACUAGGUCUUCAAUUGCUAGCAAUAGUGUGGGUGCAGAAGCAUCAAAGCAAGCAGAUUAUUGUGCAAGGAGGAUCCGUGCUACUUCCCAGCUGGAUGGCUACCGCCUAUUUUGCUCUUCCUUGUAAUUUUGCUUCUCUACAGCCUUUCUUGGCAGAUGACUGCUACAGAAGUCAGGAAUUUGCCAGACAGAAAACAGAACAAAAAGACUUCUCUGUCCUAACCCUUCUUUGCUUGAUUCACUGCAAAAGAACUUUCCACCUGCAUUCUCCUUUUCUAAUAGACGUGGCUUUUAUUGUUGUCAGAUGUGGAAAAUCCUUGAUAAAUGGGUACGUAAUACAAAUAGCUACAGCUUGGGCCAUGAAGGCUUGUUCAGCAGGCAGUUUUUGUUUGGAACCAACUUCACCGAAUCUUAUCUUUGCAGGAGACAGUAAUUCAAGAUAAAACAGUUAAGUGCAGACAUUUAAAAUCCUCUCCUUGGCACUUGGUUGCUUUUUUGAAUACUAGCAGCUGGAAUGGAGACAGUUACUUGCUGUAUUUUGAAUUAAAGGAAGGAGGAAAGCGUGACGUAAGGUAGGAUAUUGCCAAUUACUACAAAAAUCCUCUUCUCCAUUUGAAGUACUUUGCCUUUACAGUGGUGCCUUUAAUUUCUUUGGUGUGAUGUCUCUGGUCAGUUGCUUGUGAUCAGAGCCCAGCCUGAAUGGUGGUUACAGUAACCAUGUAUAUAUAUCCUGUGUCCUGGUAGACGCAGUCUGGUAUGUUCCUCUCCAACACCCAAGUCAUAAUCCAGCCAUUGCUGGUACUCACUGGAGUUUAAACAGGAGAGCAAGAGCUUCAUAGUUGCAUCUUAAGUUGCACUAGAAGUGUGUAAUCAAGUAAUGAAUUAUUACUACUUGUACUAUCUGGAUUGGAGGGUAAAGCUUGGGAGAGAAAGAAAAGCUAGGUUUUCCAUCUGAACAAGGGAUACCAUGACAGACAUUUAAAUCAUGCAAAAGUCUUCUCAGUGCAAGGUUAGGCCAAGCUGCAUAGAGCCAAGUCCAACUAAGAACUAUAAUGGAUACUAGGAGAAAGGCAUUGUACUGAAUUAGAGUUCAGAUUUGUCUCAGAGAGAUGCCAAUACCUUCUUUUCUAGCAUGUGUGAAGUAGUUACUCCAAUGUAUGUUAGAGCUAAUGGUCAUGUCUGUCACAGAAGAUGAGCUCACCUAUCCAGCAUCCUUAAGGGCAGAAGAAAGUUCCAUCACCUUUUCAAGAGAAAGUGGCUUACUGUACAGCUUAGUCUGUGAAGCAGUGUUACUGUGAUACUUCUUCCAGUUUAAGAACUGUCAAAGUCAAUGGGUGAAAAGCCACGGCCCUCUUGGUGACAGACUAUGCAAGCGACAGGCAUGCUUUGCUCUGAGAGGUGAAAAGGCAGUGGUUUCUGGAAUAGCCAGGCAAGAGCACUGUCCGAAUGCAGAAGUCUAGGUACAAAGCAUGCAUACUAACCCCAAUUCUCUCAUCAUAGCUAUUACUUCUAAAUUAGUUGCUGUCUCCUUUCCACCCUUCCACCUCCCAAAGCUAGUGGUCUAGUGAUUAUGGGAGAAGACAACAUAAAUGUCUUUUGCGAGGGACUGGAAUGUACUGACUUAACAGAAUGGUAUGUCUGGCUAAACCAGAGGGUACUAAAUGCCUGUGAACCAGGAUUUCAGGUCCUGGUUAGUGCAACAUGCCAUUCGAAUGGGAAUGUUUAAUUGUGGUUUAAAUAAACAGGUGCCUUGGGCUGGUCCAUCAUUAGGUUGUUAGCCUUCCUUUUUAUUUAUGUUACAGUAUUUUAAGCCCUUCUAGAAUGGACUGUAAGUUGAAGCCAGGAUAAGUGUUUUCAUGAGUGAGACCUAAGAUUAUACUCCUCCUUCCUGUCUUGGAGUUUAUACAAGUUUGUCUUGCUGUCAGACAGAAAUGUGAGAACUGCAUCCUUUCUUCAACACUGCAGGUAGCGGGUUCAGCCCCUGCUUAUUUUAUGUAAUGUUUUCCUCACACCUCCCCUCCGAAUGUCGUAAUUUACAGGUCUAGAACCACCCCAUACUGGAAGACCUCUGAACUGUAGAGGAACAGAAAAAAUGACUUGAAUGGUAUUUAUACAAGCUACUCAACUUACACUGAUACGAAUAUUUACCUAUCAGCCUGUGUCUCAGAUGAUCCUUGGUACUUUAACAUCAGAACAGCAUUAACAAUACCAAUUCUGAAGGGAGCUCUUGGUUACCCUCAAGGAAGGAAUCACACUGCAAUGAGAGCCAUGUGAUACCGUGGAAGAGAAUUAGUCGUUUUCCCUGUAAAAUGGUGCAGAUGAACCAGAAGGUAGUUCUUACCCUCUUGCCCCUUGCAGCAGUCUGGUUGUAGUUCUAACAGCUCUGACGUUGUUUGCAUCUUGCAGAUGUGUGGUUGCUCCCAUAGGCCUAUGGCUGUGUAGAAAAACUGCUUACUAAAACAUGGGAAUUUUUUUAAUACAAUUAAAGCUUACCUUUUUGAAAUGGCUGCUGCCUCGUCUUUCCUGCCACUUGAGCAAAAGCAUGGCUAAUUUUAUUAGAGAAGCAUCAGCUUGAUGAAAAACUCUGUUGGUGAGAACUGCCCCUGACUUGGAAUGAGCCAGUGGCUGCAGAGCAACGUUGCAGGUGUCUCUGUGGCAAGCAAAAAGAGCAGAGCACAGCCACCACAUUCCUUGGAGAGUGACCCAGGGGUACGCUGGGCACUCUUAAUCACUGCAGAUCAAAAGAAAGCACAAAACACAGGCCCUAUCACCAGCAUAUCUAUUAAGAAGAACUAGCAGGCUUCUACCUCCCUAGAUCUUAGCCAAGAAAGGGAUGAGUGCUUGCCCCAAUAGCUUAGGUAAUUAGUUUCUCCACAGUAUAAUCAAGGGAAGGACAGCAUUCAGUUUGGUUCCAGUACCAUGCAGAAAAACAACCCUACUUCUCCUUUCAAAGCAUUUUUUUUUCCUUCAGCAAGGGUCCAGCAGAGGAUGCUGUUGCAGCAGCAUGCAGCCAGGAUGCAGUCUUUAACAAAGAUGCUGGAAGUCAAUUCACUAAUGUCCUUAUUUUGAUUACAGCAAAGAAUCAACAGAUGAACUUAGACUAGAUCACAGUGUAACAGGGACUAUGUACAAACAACAACUGCAUCAGAAAAAUAAGGGUCAAUUUCUUUUUCUUCCAGUAAGCAAGGCAGAAUCAUGUGAACUUCUAAGUUAUAACAAGAAGGGCAACAGAUAACCUUGCCUAAGUCAGUAAGAUUUCCUUUCAGCAAUUAAAGUGAAGGUAUAAACAAAAGCUCAGAAAAGCAACAAAACUAAUUACAGUACUGAGGCUCAAGGGGAUGUAGGUUGCGUAAGGAGUGGUGAGUGAUGUUUACAUUAGAGAAGAGCAACCAGACACAAUGAAUAAUAAAAGUUAUUUGGAUGCCCUUAUUUGUGUUAUACUAUUACAGGAAUAAAAGUAAUACUUACAAAAAAA